AUGUUCGACGCUGGCGGCGAGGCUACGAGGAGCGAGGCUGACAUGGUGACGCUAGUGGACACGCUCCAACGCCUCGGCAUCGACAACCACUUCCGCCAGGAGGUUGACGCCGCGUUAAAACGCAUCAACAGCUGCGAGAGUUUGGACGACGGCCUCCAGAUCGUUGCUCUUCGCUUUCGUCUACUUAGGCAACAUGGCGUCUGGGUCCCAGAUGUAUUCGACAGAUUCAGAGAUGAAAGGACCGGCAGUUUCAUUGAAAGUCUGGCCAGUGAUCCGAGGGGCUUUCUGAGCCUAUACAACGCGGCUCACAUGGCAACACCUGGCGAGCAGGCCCUCGACGAAGCCAUCUCCUUCUCCAGGCGUCACCUUGCGUCCAUGAAAGGCAGGCUCCCGUCGCCACUGGAAGAGCAAGUGUCCCGUGCCCUCGACAUCCCUCUCGCACGCCUGCCAAAGCGGCUGGAGACGAUGCACUACGUCGUAGAGUAUGGCAAAGAAGAGGGGCACGACGCCGUGCUCUUGGAGCUCGCGAGGCUGGACUUUGACUUGCUCAGGUUUCUUCACCUCAGGGAGCUAAAGGACCUGUCAUUGUGGUGGAAGGAUCUCUGUGGCAAUGUGAAACUAAACUACGCCCGAGACCGGCUAGUGGAGAACUACUUCUGGACGUGUGUGGUGUUCCAUGAGGAGGAAUACUCUCGUGCGCGAAUGCUGUUUGCCAAGACAUUCGGGUUGCUGUCCUUGAUGGAUGACACGUACGAUGUGUAUGCUACAUUAGAGGAAUGCCAUAUACUCAACGAUGCUAUACAGAGAUGGGAUGAAACCACUGCUUCCAUUCUUCCAGAGUACAUGAAAAUGUUCUACAUCAAUCUUUUUAAACUGUCAUCAAAGUACUAUCUGGACGAGGCCAAAUGGUGCGGUGAGAAAUACGCGCCGAGCUUCAAAGAGCACAUGGAGGUGUCUGUCAUGUCGUCAGGCUUCCCAACACUAGCCGUGGUGCUGCUUAUGGGUGCAGGUGACAUGGCGACCAGGGAGGCGUUCCAGUGGGAGAUCGGCGUCCCGGACGUGGUCACCGCCAGUGGAGAGGUCGCUCGUUUCCUCAACGACAUCGCUUCGUACAAGAAGGGGAAGAACAAGAAGGACGUGGCAAGCUCCGUGGAAUGCUACGCCAAGGAGCAUGCAUGGCACGUCAGGGGAGGAGGCGGUGACCGCGAUCGCGGGGAUGGCGGAGCACGCGUGGAGGACGAUUAA